UCCCGGCGCCCGCGGCGGCACUUCCGGGAGGGACAGGCCGAGGGGGGAGCAUGAACGAGUUCCGGAUCCACCACGACGUGAACGAGCUGCUGAGCCUGCUGCGGGUGCGCGGCGGGGAGGGCGCCGAGGUCUACAUCGACCUGCUGCAGAAGAACCGCACGCCCUAUGUCACCACCACCGUGUCCGCCCACGGCGCCAAGGUAAAAAUAGCAGAGUUUACUCGAACUCCUGAAGAUUUCUUAAAGAAGUACGAUGAGCUGAAGUCUAAAAACACGAGACAUCUGGAUUCUUUAGUUUACCUGCUGUCAAAACUCACUGAAGACAAAGAGACACUCCACUACCUGCAACAAAAUGCUAAAGAAAGGGCAGAACUCGCAGCAAAUGCAGCAACCAGCAGCACCACCACAAAUUUUUCCGUCCCCUCGUCUGCUUCCAAGAUGUCCAUGCAGGAGCUCGAGGAGCUACGGAAGCAGCUGGGCAGUGUCACAGCCAGUUCCAGUGCACAGCAGCCUCUUGAGCUGACACGAAAGAUCCUCCGAGAAAAGCAGAACAAGAAGAAUUCUGGUCAGCCCAUUCCAGUGUUUCCAUCCUGGGUGUAUGAGAGACCUGCACUGCUUGGGGAUUUCUUAAUUGGCACCAGUUUAAGCACUGACACAACAGUACCAAUAGGUACUUUGCCGCUGGCUUCCCAGGAAUCCGUGAUUGUGGAGGACUUGCUGUAUGUCCUGAUUGGCGUGGAUGGGAGGUACAUCACAGCACAGCCUCUCGUGGGCAGGCAGAACAGAGCCUUCUCAGUCGAUCCCAACUUGGACUUGUCCAUCAAGGAGCUGGUGACCAGGAUUCUUCCUGUGGCAGCGAGUUACUCUGCUGUCACCAGGUUUAUAGAGGAGAAGUCUUCCUUUGAGUAUGGACAGGUGAAUCAUGCCCUGGCUGCUGCCAUGAGGACUCUAAUCAAGGAAUACAUGAUCCUAAUUACCCAGCUGGAACACCUUCAGAGGCAGGGACUUCUGUCGCUGCAGAAGCUGUGGUUUUAUAUCCAGCCCACAAUGAGGACCCUGGAGAUUCUGGCUUCGCUUGCCACUUCCGUGGACAAGGGUGAGUGUAUGGGAGGAUCCACCCUGAGCCUGCUCCAUGACAAGACUUUCAAUUACACAGGGGACAGCCAGGCCCAGGAGCUGUGCCUGUAUUUAACCAAGGCAGCCAGUGUGCCUUAUUUUGAAAUCCUGGAGAAGUGGAUAUAUCGAGGCAUCAUCAAUGAUCCCUACAGCGAGUUCAUGGUGGAAGAGCAUGAGCUGCAGAAGGAGAAGAUUCAGGAGGACUACAAUGACAAGUACUGGGACCAGAGAUACACUGUUGUUCAGCAGCAGAUUCCCUCCUUCCUGCAGAAAAUGGCUGACAAAAUCCUGAGCACGGGGAAAUAUUUAAAUGUCGUGAGGGAGUGUGGGCGAGAUGUUACCUGCCCUGUGGCCAAGGAGGUCAUCUAUACUUUGAAAGAGAGAGCCUAUGUGGAGCAAAUAGAAAAAGCAUAUAACUAUGCUAGCAAAGUUCUCCUGGAUUUCCUGAUGGAGGAGAAAGAGCUGGUGGCUCACCUAAGAUCUAUAAAACACUAUUUCCUGAUGGACCAAGGGGACUUUUUUGUUCACUUCAUGGAUCUCACAGAAGAGGAGCUUAAGAAGCCCGUGGACGACAUCAUAACCACGAGGCUGGAGGCCCUGCUGGAGUUGGCCCUGAGAAUGAGCACAGCCAACACAGAUCCUUUCAAGGAUGAUUUAAAGAUUGACUUGAUGCCCCAUGACCUCAUCACGCAGCUCUUGAGAGUACUGGCCAUAGAAACCAAGCAGGAGAAGGCCAUCAUCAGUGCAGACCCCACAGAGCUCACCCUCAGCGGCCUGGAGGCAUUUUCCUUUGACUACAUCGUUAAGUGGCCUCUGUCCCUUAUCAUAAACAGGAAAGCACUGACAAGGUACCAGAUGCUUUUCAGACACAUGUUCUAUUGCAAACAUGUGGAAAGGCAGUUGUGCAACGUGUGGAUCAGCAACAAGACAGCCAAGCAAUUCUCCCUGCAUUCAGCUAAGUGGUUUGCUGGUGCUUUCACACUGCGGCAGCGGAUGCUGAAUUUUGUGCAGAAUAUCCAGUAUUACAUGAUGUUUGAAGUGAUGGAGCCAACAUGGCACAUUCUUGAGAAGAACCUGAAGCUGGCAUCCAACAUCGACGACGUCCUGAGCCACCACACGAGCUUCCUGGACAACUGCUUGAAGGACUGCAUGCUGACCAACCCAGAGCUGCUCAAGAUCUUCUCCAAGCUGAUGUCUGUCUGUGUCAUGUUCACAAACUGCAUGCAGAGGUUCACCCAGAGCAUGAAGCUGGACAAUGAGCUGGAGAGGCUCACCCUGGAGCACGGCACCAUGCUGGGCCCCCCCACGGAGGAGGAGCGCGCCGAGGAGGCGGCCAAGAAGAAGCUGACGAACAAGCUUCUAGCAGAGCAUGCUGACAACCUCCACCUCACAUCUGGCUUUGAAGCCACGAUCAACAAGUUUGACAGCAAUUUCUCCACACAUCUGCUGGACCUGCUGGACAAACUGAGCGUUUACAGCACCAAUGACUGUGAGCACAGCAUGCUCAACAUCAUCUACAGGUUGGACUUCAACGGGUUCUACACGGAGCGCCUGGAGCACAUGUCGGCCGAGCGCAGCCAGAAGGCAGCGCCGCUGCUGCCCCGCCUGGCCGUGCCCGCCCAGUGAGCCGGGACCCCUCCCCUCCGCAUCCUCCGCAUCCGCAGGGGGAGCUGGAAACCAGCACAGGGCUGUCCCCCAGACACGGGGGAACGUUCCGUCUCCUGAGAUGUGUGUAACGAAACUUGUUCUUCCGACUGGCUUUUUGUUAAUCCGUUUUGUUUUGUUUUGUUUUGCUUUUUACUGUAUUGUACAGUGAUGUGCCGGUGUGUUGUAAAAUAAAUUUAA